UUCAACCAAUACAGACUAAGAUUGCUUUGCUAUCCCGGGUUCUCUAUGCUUUGCAUAGAGAACCCGGGAUUUAAUAAACAUAUUUUCAGGGACAUAUACAAGUGGUAAAUGCAUGGUGUAUUGAGGUAUAUCAUAUUGUUACAAAGGAAGCCCUAUUACAAUGGGAAGCAGCCUUGGAUGCAUUAUGAGAAGCAGCAUGCAAAAUUGAGCAAGCCUCCUGACGUAAUCGGACGAUACCAAAUGUGAUGACUGAGAGGGUUCCGCCACACGGAAGCAAACAGUAAUGUAUCUACUUACAAGCUAUCGCUGUAUUCAUUCAUGAUAUAUCUUUGUAAGCUUGAUCUAACCGUAGAUAAAUACACUUGGGAAAGUUUUUAUUCUUUUAUUCGCAAAUAAGAAACCCAAUAGUGUUUAAACCACCCCUUAUCAGUGCGGCCAUAGCCUAAACCUAGCAAUGUUGUUAUGGACGAUCACCCGGAUAGUGGGACUGUGCUUCUACAUAUAGCCGCUUCCGUAUUGGAUACCGGGAGCUUUACUUGCAGGAGAAUGAAUCACACAAAAUGUAACACAUUGUUACAGAAACCAAGAAGACAGUCGCGGAUUAUAAAAUGUAUCUAUGUGGUUGGUUUCAUGGAUCUCUUUGGAGUGAGUAUGAUCAUUCCUCUUCUGAGCCACCAUGUGAAGCACCUUGGAGCCAGUCCCACGGUGGCGGGCAUCGUAGGUUCAACCUAUGGGAUCCUGCAGCUCUUCUCCAGUACUAUAGUCGGUGGCUGGAGCGACGUGGUGGGGAGGCGCUACUCUCUGCUGACCUGCCUGCUGCUCAGCUCUCUGGGCUAUGGGUUGCUGGGGCUCUCCUCCAGCAUCACGCUAUUCGUCAUCGCUCGGAUACCCGUGGGGCUGUUCAAGCACUCGCUGUCCAUCUGCAGAGCCCUGCUGUCGGACCUGGUGUCGGAGACGGAGCGGCCCCUGGUGAUGGGACACUUUAACGCAGCGUCCAGCGUGGGCUUCAUCCUCGGCCCGGUGGUAGGGGGCUACCUGGCCGAACACGAGGGGGGCUUCUACACGUCCUCAUUCACCUGUGCCGCCAUCUUCCUCCUCAACGCAGGGCUGGUGUGGAUGCUGCCCUGGAGUGAGGCGCUCGUCAAGAGGACCGACGCCAACUCCAACAGCCACAUCUGCGAGAUCUGUCCCGACCACAACGCCGCCAAGAACGGGGCCUACCAGAACGGCUCCUCCCAGGGGAACAGCCACCACUCCGUGCCCAAAGAGGAGCUCCCCGAGCCCGGUGCCUCCCCCACCCCGGGCAAGCCGCCCUCCGCCCUCCCCCGGUGGAGGCACGUGUCCCUGCUGCAGCCCGCCUGGAGGCAGCUGGCCUCGGUGGUCUCCAGGAUCCGGCUGGUGGCCACGUCCGACAUGUGGGACCUGUUCCUGGUGCGCCUGCUCAUGGCCAUCGGCAUCAUGCUGUACUACAGCAACUUCACCCUGGCCAUGGAGGAGCGCUUCUCCAUCAAGCCCAAGGUGACGGGCUACCUGAUCAGCUACAGCAGCACGCUGGGCGCGCUGGCCGGCUGCCUGGUGGGGCCCGUCACCGCGCUCUACGGCAAGGACAUGCCGGCGCUGCUGCUGCACUCCACCGUGCUCACGUGCGGCCUCAUCUUCCUGUACGCCGCCGCGCCCAGCGUGGGUCAGGUGGUGGUCAGCUCCACCUUCUUUGCCAUCUCCACCACCAUCGGGCGCACCUGCAUCACGGACCUGGAGCUGCAGAGGGGGGGCCUCCAGGCCAGCGGGACCCUGAUCGGGGCCGGGCAGUCGGUCACGGCCGUCGGUCGCAUCCUGGCCCCGCUCCUCUCCGGACUGGCCCAGGAGGUCAGCCCCUGCGGGCCGCCCAGCCUGGGGGUGCUGCUGGCGCUGUCGGCCGCCAUUCUGCUCAUGUUCCGGAUCCCCAAGUGGAGUGGCAGAGGGAAGACCAAGACGGCCAAACUCUGAGAUACACAGAGACAGAGUGGGAGAGACAGACGGAGUGGGAGAGAGACACAGACAGAGAGAGAGAGAGAGAGAGAGAGAGAGAGAGAGAGAGAGAGAGAAUGUGUGUGAGUGUGAGAACGAAUGGCAUGAGUCUCUACAUGUCGGUCAUUCACCAAAGACAUUUUUUAUUUCUUUUUAUAGGGUGCCGGUGGCAGACAUGAGCAGUAGAUCAACGAACUGUGCCUAUGCCAUUCUUACCUCCAAAAGGUAGAUGGUUAUAAUUAGCAUUUUAGGGCAACACUUGAACAUUCAGGACGGCGUUUAUUUUUAGAAGAGGUAUGGUCUUGUAAAAUGAUUGACCUAGAGGACAGCGACUCCAUCUGUUGCCUUAUUUGAUAGCUUAACCACUAUCCAUCCAAACCACUUCCCAUUCCUACCACUACAUAUCCCAAAAAUACUUGUUUAAAGGAAUACUUUUUAUAAAAUAAAGUUAUUGUCCACAUACCCAUUUACCAUUGAAUGUUUUUAUCUCAAAUUAGCCCAGCGCUGGAGCAUUUGACCGAGUCAGCAAAAAUCAUUGGAAGCGUAUGAGAUUCUGUAGCUUCUUCAGUGACAUGAGGGUAAAGUCCACCAUUACUGUUUUCUCAAUAUAAACAGUAAAUCAAAAAGUUAAUCAAAAUACCCUUGUUUCACUGAGAAAGUUAGCCAAUCUCAUCUGCUUUCAUGGGUUUUUGCAAACUCGGUCAAGGGCUAGCUCAGUCUAAUCGACACUGGGCUGAUUGAUAAUUAAGUGGUAUGUUUUAUUCAUAGGUAAGUCAGAAGACUACUUUAACUACAAAUCCCAGCAGUACAAACCCCAGAAAGCAUGAUAUACUGUACUUAAUAUCCUGAAAGAGGAAGAGGAGAGGGACCCUUUCCAAACUUUCCAAUGAAAAACUCUUAGCAUGAUUUUUGAGAGACUGUUCUGAAGGUAGUUUUUGAGUUGCAGGUUGGUCGUACAACUCCAAUCUACCUCAACAAACACACACAUACUUUGUUCAAUAUACUACUGAAGGUGUUUUUAUGGUGAGAUUUUAGUCUGGUUUGUUAUAUAGCCUACAAACAUUUACUGUACCCUAUUUCAUGUUGAAUUUAUUUACAUUUGUUAACAGACUGCUGAAUUAGAAAAUGAUUUAUCUUGGGUGAGGCUUAAGUGGACACUUUAAAGGGUUUUUGUUGCUCGUUUGGUAAUUUCACUCCUUAGUUACUAUAAAAUGACAACUGAUUUAUAGAGACAAAAGAGCUGUGAAGAUGUAUUUAAGGGUCACCUUAAAUAAAUAAUGUAUAUCCAGAUUAUUUUAAUGGACCACAGUGAAUAAAACCUUUUUCUAUUUUUUGA